AUGCUUUACAACUUUCAACAGCAUACUCAGCAUCAACAUCAAACUCAGCCCCAGCAUCAGCAAGGCCUUCAGCAUGAUCAUGGCAUACCCUCGGUGAACGGUCUCGCCCACCACACGUCCUUCGGGUCCAGCGGUCUCUCGACUCCUAACGCGUUCAACUCGAAUGUCUUGUCAAACGGCCACGCAGCUAACCCACGAAGUGGCCAAGCACCCCAGAACGAGAUGUGGCAGGAGCAGUUGCGUAUGCAGAAGGAGGCGGAACGAGCUCAUUCAGCCAUGACCGACCAACAACAGCCUCAUUACUACGCGAGACUCAAGGCAUCUGAGAAUAGAGGCAUCGGGGGCCCACCGCCCACGAGCGGACGGACCCAAGCGGACGGAGAGAACGAUCCCGAAGACCGGAGACGACCGUAUGCGGUCGAUAGAGAAUCAAACAGACAAGACUGGCACAACAUGGAUAUGUCCGGUCAAGGCCUUCGCAACCUGGCACCUGAGCUGUUUCAGUACAAGUUCUUGAACGAGCUCUUCAUUGCCUCGAACAAGCUUCUCCGGCUCCCCAAGCUCAUCGGUGAGCUAAGGCAGUUGCGUCAUCUCGACGCUUCGUACAACCAAAUAUCCGAGCUGCCGGCUGAACUUGGCAUGUGUACAUACCUGAAGACCCUGCUGCUUUUCAAUAAUGAGAUCCGAGAUCUUCCGUUCGAACUCGGCUCGCUGCAUCAGUUGGAAAUGCUGGGAAUCGAAGGAAAUCCGCUGGACCCUGGCUGGAAGCAGGAGAUUAUGGAAAAGGGCACAAAAAGUGUGAUCAAUACGCUGAAAGAGGGAGCACCAGUUCCCAAUCCCCCCUCCCCUCGAAAGGAAAUCGUUAUACAAGAGGAUGUCUCUCCAAACUUGGAAAGAAUCAAAGUAUUCUCCUGGAAUGUUCUAUGCGAUAAAUAUGCGACGCCGCAAACCUACGGCUACACGCCAACGAAUGCGUUGAACUGGGAAUAUCGCAAGGGCUGUAUUUUGGAUGAACUGCGAUUGCGAGAUGCCGAUUUCUUGAGCUUGCAGGAGGUGUCAACAGAUGCGUUCAAGGAGGAUCUGAGCCCUGAGCUGGCGCAGAUGGAUUACAAGGGCGUGCACUGGCCCAAGUCCCGUGCCAAGACCAUGUCGGAGAAAGAUGCCCAGACGGUGGACGGAUGCGCAGUGUUCUACAAGCAAAGCAAGUUUAUCCUGCUGGACAAGCAACUCAUCGAGUUUGCCACCAUCGCCAUCAACCGGCCUGAUAUGAAGAACCAACACGACGUGUUCAACAGAGUAAUGCCGAAAGACAAUAUUGCCGUUAUUUGCUUCUUUGAAUCCCGCCUCACUGGGGCUCGUAUCAUCCUGGUCAAUGUACAUCUUACAUGGGACUCUGCUCUAGCAGAUGUCAAGGUUAUCCAGACCGGUAUCCUUAUGGAGCACGUCACGAAGCUGGCCGAGAAGUAUGCCCGGUGGCCGGCAGUCAAGGACAAAAAGAUGAUCACAGUGCCCCUGCCCGACGAUGCCGAGGCUCCGGCGCCACAAGCAGAACCCGGCCCAAGCCAGGAGUACCGGACCAACACAGACAUACCGCUCCUGGUGUGUGGCGACUUCAACUCGACCGAGGGCUCAUCUGUGUACGACCUGAUGUCCAUGGGGAGAGUGCCUCCGGACCACCUGGAGCUAAACAGCUACCAGUACGGCAGUUUCACUCGAGACGGUAUCGAGCAUCCCUUCAGCCUGAGGGAUGCCUAUGCACACACAAAGAAAACAGCAGACGAGAUGCCGUUCACAAACUACACGCCCGGGUUUGCCGACGUCAUUGACUACAUUUGGUAUUCGACAAACACGCUGGAGGUUGUGGAAUUGCUUGGUCCCCCGGACGCCGAGUAUCUGAAAAGAAUGCCUGCCUUCCCCAACUGGCACUUCCCGGCCGAUCACAUCCAGAUCAUGGCCGACCUUGUCAUCAAGGCUCGGAAGGACAGGAAGCAAAACCAAGACCGCGAGCAGCAAGCGGACUCGGGCGGCCCCUCCGGACGAGGCUGA